AUGAAGAACACCACCACCACCACCAGAACAACCACCAGAUUCACCUUGAAUUUUCGUUUGUUAGCUCGAGUAGAGGGGCGCAGAUGGUUAUCUAAAAUAAAGAGGAACGUUGCUAUAAGUACACACCACUCUUCUUCUAGAAAACAACCAUCCCCUCAAACCUCCAUUUCGCAAUCGCAAAUGAACAGAGACACAACUUUUGAUUUACCAACGAAAGAAGACAAAAAGACGAUGAUUACCACCAGUAAGGAUAACUUGCCUCAACAACAACCGAAAUAUAUUGUUAUUACUGAUGAAGAUCACUGUGAACAACAAGGGGGUAAGAAAGUUAAAAACAUAAAGGAGAACGUUUCUGAGGAACGAAAUCAAGAAGAAAUCGGCUUGAAGCAUGUCAUACAAGGGGUCAAUGAAGAAAAGAGGAAAAACCCUACACAAGAAUCCAUUGAAACGCAAUUGAGGAAAGCCCAGAGGAGGGAAGUACUACUGGCCCGAUUGCGUGCCCGGAUUCAGAAGUCGGAGGCCCGAUUUAUGCAUGUCGAGGAACAAAAUCAUACCUGCUGUGAAGAAGCCCGUGGAUGA